AUGUCGAAUCCGCUCCCGUCGAUGCCUCCGGGCCGGCCAACGGCUAUUCCUGUCGACGCCCCCUCGUCCACAUGGGAUCGCAUCACCUCCUGGGUCUCGGAAAACAAGGCCGUUGUGUACACUAUCGCCGGUGUUGCUGUCGUCGUCACGGGCGCCGGCGUUGUCUACUACCUGAACUCCGACUCGAAGUCCAAGGCCGACUCAGCUCCCAAGCUCAGCAAGAAGGAGAGGCGAAAGCGAAAAGAGGCCGAGCGCAAGGCCGCCGAGUCCAAGGAAGCUCCCACCACCACAUCCGAGUCCAAAGCCGCUACGGUCCAGAGCGAAUCCGAACUGCCCGACGUCGACGAGCAGUCUGUCUUGAGCUUGACCCAGGAGCAGCGCGAAGAGUAUGCGGCCAAGCUUAAGCAGGCAGGCAACAAGGCCUAUGGCGAUAAGGCGUACAACAAGGCCAUUGACCUGUACUCCAAGGCCAUUCUCUGCAAGCCCGAUCCCGUCUUCUACUCCAACAGGGCCGCCUGCUACAGCGCCAUGAGCGAAUGGGACAAGGUCGUCGAAGACACCACCGCCGCCAUCAACAUGGACCCGGAGUACGUCAAGGCCAUUAACCGCCGAGCGACUGCCUACGAGCACCAGAAGAUGUACUCCGAGGCUCUCCUCGACUUCACGGCCUCGUGCAUCAUCGACAACUUCAAGAGCGACUCCACUGCCCAGGCCGUCGAGAGACUGCUCAAGACCUUUGCUGAGCAUAGGGCAAAGGAGAUGAUGGCUUCCCGACCGCCCAAGCUGCCCAGCCCCAUCUUCGUUGGCAACUACCUGCAGAGCUUCCGGCAAAAGCCUCGGCCCGCAGACCUCGACGACUCGAUCGAACUCGACCUCGAGACGGGCAACGGCCAGCUGCAGCACGGCCUUCAGGGCCUCGAGAAGAAGACGGCGGACGGAUAUGAGGAGGCCAGACUGGCGUUCGAGAAGGCUCUGGAGCUCGGAGACCUCGGCGAGCACGAGGCUCUCGCCUACAACCUGCGUGGCACCAUGCGAACCCUCUUGGGCAACCACGCCGAGGCGACCAAGGAUUUUGACAAGAGCAUCGAGCUUGACCCGACCAUGGUCCAAAGCUACAUCAAGCGCGCCAGCAUCAGCCUGGAGCUCGGUGAGCCGGACAAGGCAGAGGCCGAGUUCGCCAAGGCCCUGGAGCAGAACAAGGACGACCCGGACGUUUACUACCACCGCGCCCAGGCCAACUUCAUCAAGGGCGACCUCGCCGAGGCCCAGAAGGACUACCAGAAGUCGAUUGACCUGGACAAGGACUUCAUCUUCUCUCACAUCCAGCUUGGCGUGACCCAGUACAAGAUGGGCUCCAUCGCCUCCUCCAUGGCCACCUUCCGCCGGUGCAUCAAGAACUUCCCCAAGGUGCCGGAUGUCUACAACUACUACGGCGAACUGCUGCUUGACCAGGGCAACUUUGCCGAGGCCGUUGAGAAGUUCGACACCGCCAUGGAGAUGGAGAAGCAGUCCAAGCCCAUGUCCAUGAACGUGCUUCCCCUCAUCAACAAGGCGCUGGCCCUCUUCCAGUGGAAGCAGGACUUUAAGGAGGCGGAGAAGCUUUGCCAGAAGGCACUGAUUAUCGAUCCGGAGUGCGACAUUGCCGUGGCCACCAUGGCUCAGCUCCUGCUUCAGCAGAACAACGUGACCGAGGCGCUGAAGUACUUUGAGCGCGCGGCUGAGCUGGCCCGCACCGAGGGCGAGAUCGUCAACGCUCUUUCUUACGCCGAGGCGACCAGGACGCAGGUUCAGGUGACGGAGAAGUACCCCAAGCUGGCAGCCAAGCUGGCUGGAGGCGGCGGCCCCCCGGGAUUCCGCAUGGGCGCUUAA